AUGUUGACUUCAUCCGAGUAUGUUUCCCGGCUACGAGAGAUCCUAGUCACAGCCCAUCACCUUGCGCAAGUACAUCUGGGUACCGCUCAACUGCGACAGGAGUACUACGACAAGAAAGCGCAUGGCACUCCAAUACAGCCGGGGGAACAGGUUCGGCUCAACUCCCCAACACCGGUCGCCGGUGUGCCAACGAAGUUCAAGCGUGAGUGGGCGGGCUCUUACAUCAUAGUCGAAAACGUCAGCCCCAGUACAUGCAGAAUAGCAAAGAUAUGUGCGAACCCAGGUGACCGAUGCAUCACUGUCCAUUUCAAUCUGAAAGCGGCUUUCAGCAUGAAGACAGACCCAUUUUCAGGCGAGGACAGUGGCAUCGACUUGCUCCCAGGUGGCAGACUGUCUGAUCCAGAGUAA